AUUUAAUUAUGUCAAAGAAAGUUAAGAUUGAGACAGACGCCCUCGACUCACAAGUCAGAGAGGUACUCGAGAAUGCUAAGGGAAAACUGAAGAGCCUGAAUGGGGACAUUGACCAACUCAACAAUGAGAAUAACGAACUGAAUCAUAUGAUAGAUACAGCAGAGCAACAGAAAAAGGAUUUGAAAGAAAAGAACAAGUCGUUAAUGGAUGAACUCAGGCACGUUAGAACCCAAAAUGAGCAUCUUGCUAAGAAGAAACAAGAGCUGGCAGAUGAACUCAAGAUGGCCAAGGAAGAGCUCGCUGGGUUCAUUGAUAGAUCUGAGCAAGAGAAGAUAGCAAUUAAUAAAGAAAUCAAAAACCUCAAGGAAGCUGAAAGGCAACUUAAUGAAGCUAAGACUAAAGAGCGGAAGGCUUUCGAGGAGACCAGGCUAAACAAUCAACAUAAAAUAGAUAUCCUAACCGAAAGCCUAAACAGAAAGAACGAGGAGAUCUCUGAUUUGAAGAAUGCUCUCUUUGAACUGAAUCAAAAGGAGCAAGCCAGAAUGGAAGACCUUGAGUAUGAGGCUCAGAAUUUCAGGAAGAUGCAGGAAGAGCAAGAGUAAUUACCCUCAAUAUAUAAGUUCUCUCUUGUUAAUUCUCUU